AUGGCUACCUCUAUUAGUGUUGUUAAGGUUACAUACUUGACCAUGUUGAUAAUGUGCAUAACUUUGGGUCAAAUGACACAAGCUGUUGAAUUAUGUGGCAAGAUUGAUGCCACAUUAGUACCAUGCGUUGAAUACCUGAGCAGAAACGAACAUAUAAUCCCUCAAAGUUGUUGUGAUGGGGUUAAGAACCUGAAUGCUGGAGCCAAGAGCAAAGAAGAUCGUCAAUCCGUUUGCAACUGCAUCAGAAGAAUGACUAAGAAUCUUAGGGGUCUGAAGCCUGACAAGCUUGCUAAACUUCCAGAACAAUGGUUAACUGAGAUUAUAGGGAGAACUGUGUCGCUGGCUUAUAUUACUUAG